CGUAUCGCUGAGGCCUCAUCCUUCCAAUGGCGACUGCAAACAGGCUGAAUAGAAAGCGGGCUCAACCGUGGAGGGGGUCAGAGCUGUGCAACUGAAAUUAAAUAAAUAUAUCCUAUUUUCCGUAGCCACAAAGUUAGGCUUAUAUUUGUACCACCUAUCCAAAUCACGGCCGAUUCAAUGGCCAAAAAUCGGAAUCUUUCGCUCCUUGAGUCGGAGCUCUACUACUUGAUUUCUCGUUUUCUGACAACGGGUCCGUGUCGGAGAGCGGCUGAGGUCCUGGCGGCUGAACUAGAAGAAUAUCAGCUCUUACCGGGGAGAUUGGACUGGCUGGGAAACGAGCACCCGAGAACAUAUGAAGAUGUGGUGGCAGCCAACAGACAUGUUGCACCAGACCAUUUGCUACAGAUAUGUAAGCAGAUCGGACCACUUCUUGACAGAGAGGUGCCAUCAUGCGUCCCGGGGGUGCACUCUCUUCUGGGAUCCGGCAAGCAGUCAAUGCUCAGGACUGCGAAAGAUGGCGACAGUGUGCGGCUUAAAGCAUCAUCAUAUGCAGCCCUUCAUCGGGGCCGACCACCAGAGAGGCCUUUGAACUGCAAGAAGCCUUCACACCUCGUGAAGGUGCAUCGAGCAAGAGAGCUAACAGGAGUGCAGCGAUUCAGCUCCAUCAGUCCUGUCAGCAACUAUGAGCACAUGCGUCUGCAUCGGAGGAUCCUGGGCCAUCUGUCCGCGGUGUACUGUAUAGCGUUCGAUCGCACUGGUCUCAGGAUCUUCACAGGCUCAGAUGACUGUUUGGUGAAGAUUUGGUCUUCAUUUGAUGGAAGGCUUCAUUCAACGUUGCGAGGACACUCUGCAGAGAUCACAGACUUGGCAGUCAACUAUGAAAACACGUUGAUUGCUGCAGGAAGCUGUGACAAAACCAUCCGAGUGUGGUGCCUUCGUACCUGUGCUCCUGUGGCAGUGCUACAGGGCCACAGUGGAUCCAUUACCUCCCUUCAGUUUUCACCGUACGCCAAGGGCUCCAAGCGCUACAUGCUGUCCACUGGAACCGAUGCUACCGUCUGCUUCUGGCAGUGGGACGUCAACAACACCAACUUCAGCGAUCGGCCGCACAAGUUUACAGAGCGACCGAGGCCAGGAGUUCAGACAGUGUGCUCCUCUUUCAGUCCAGGUGGGAUGUUCCUAGCAACAGGAAGCACCGACGAUGUCAUCAGGAUAUACUAUUUGGGAAGCGGAAGUCCAGAAAAGAUAUCGGAGCUGCACGAGCACACAGACAAAGUUGACAGCAUCCAAUUUUGCCACUCAGGGGAAAGGUUUGUGAGUGGAAGCAGAGAUGGAACAGCACGGAUCUGGAAGCUCCACCAGCGGCAGCAGUGGAGGUGCCUCCUGCUCAACAUGUCGGCCACUCUCCCAGGUGCUGAACCAGUGAGUGAAGAGGAGAGCUACUUCAAACCGAAAGUCACCAUGGUAGCGUGGGAUCGCCAUGACAAUACAGUCAUCACGGCUGUUAACAACCAUCUCCUCAAAGUGUGGAACUCCUACACAGGACAGCUGCUCCAUAUCCUCAAAGGCCACGAGGCAGAAGUCUUUGUUCUUGAACCGCACCCGUUUGAUCCCAGGAUCAUCCUGUCUGCCGGCCACGACGGGAACGUCUUCAUCUGGGAUCUGCAGCGAGGGACAAACACACAGCAUUACUUCAACAUGAUCGAAGGACAGGGUCACGGAGCUGUUUUCGACUGCAAAUUCACUCCUGACGGGCAGCGCUUCGCCUGCACAGACUCCCAUGGCCAUCUGCUCAUCUUUGGCUUCGGCAGUUCCAAACCUUACGAAAAGCUUCCAGACCAGGUGUUCUUCCACACAGACUACAGACCACUGAUCCGGGAUGCCAAUGGCUUUGUGCUGGACGAGCAGACACAGCAGGCACCGCAUCUCAUGCCCCCGCCAUUCUUGGUGGAUGUGGAUGGGAACCCCCAUCCUCCAAGGUACCAGCGUCUUGUGCCGGGGAGGGAGAAUAUCGCUGCUGAGCAUCUGGUCCCUCAGCUGGGAUAUGUCGCCACCAGUGACGGGGAGGUGGUGGAGCAGGUGAUCAGCCAGCAGACUGCGGAGCACGAGGCGGUCACCAUCAGGCGCAGCAGCCUCCUGGACGAGGCCAUCAGGCAGCUCCAGCAGCAGCACGAUCAGCAGCACCAGCCCGGCUCAAACGUGGCGCCGGACUCCGGCGCAGGAACAGAAGGGCAGGCCGAGCCAAACGGCCCGGUGUUGGUCCCAGCUAUGAGCACGCCACGCAGAGUGUCUGUGAACGAGCGAGCAGAUGUGCAGUCCCCUCCUAACGUGGGCCUGCGGCGCAGCGGACAGGUGGAGGGCGUCCGGCAGAUGCACCAGAACGCCCCUCGGAGCCAGAUGGCCACCGAGAGAGACCUGCAGGCCUGGAGGCGCAGGGUGGUCGUACCUGAACUGCCACCCAGUGGCUUAAGGGAGCAGGAGGACGUCCGGGCAGCCAGAGGAGACGAUGAGGUGAUUCUGUACAACACAAAGAGGAGGAGAGUCAUCUACAGCAGCUGCCGGGAUGAGUCAGACGACGAGCCUCCGGCCGCAAAGCGAACGCACGGCCGCGGCGACACGCUGGAGCUCCUCGACCUGUCGUGUGAAGAGGGAGAGGAGACCGCUAGCUCGGAGGACAAUGAGCUGGACGGCAGUGAACUGGAUUCCUCUAAUGAUGAGGAAGAGUGGAACAGCGACAGCUCGAGCCACAGUUCCAGUGAAUACUCCGACUGGACGGCAGACGCUGGGAUAAACCUCCAACCCUCCACCCCCUUGUCGUCCCGGAAACGGGUCAGGCGCCGACUCAGCAGCUCGGAAGAAGAGGAGGAGGAGGAGAAUGAGGAAGAGGAGGACAAAGAGGAGGAGGACAGGGAGGAAAAGCAGCAGAGUGACGAGGAGGAAAGACCCGUGAAGAAAAGCAAAGAGAAGAGCAAGAAAGCAAAGAACAAGUCACCCCGGCGUCCAAAGCCCAGACCAUCCAUUAACAGGGAAGUGUCCAUUGAGUUCAGACCGUCUCCGUGGAUCACUGACGUUAUUCCCAGGAAAUCUCCUUUCGUUCCCCAGAUGGGUGAUGAGGUGAUCUACUUUCGGCAGGGACACGAGGCUUACGUUGAGGCAGUGACCCGAAGUGAACUGUACCCUAUCAACUUGGAAAAACAACCCUGGAAGAAAAUGGACCUGCGGGACCAGGAGUUUGUGAAGAUCACUGGAAUAAAAUAUGACGUCUGUCCUCCCACACUCUGCUCUCUGAAGCUGACUCUCAUCGACCACGGCACAGGGAAAAUCACAGACAAAUCCUUUUUUGUCAAGUAUCACGACAUGCCGGAUGUGAUUGAUUUUCUGGUGUUGAGGCAAAGCUAUGACGAGGCACUGCGUAGAAACUGGCAGCCAAAUGAUAGGUUUCGCUCGGUGAUAGACGAUGCCUGGUGGUUUGGGACCAUCGUCUGUCAGGAGCCGUACCAGCCCGAAUACCCAGACAGCCUCUUCCAGUGCUUUAAAGUCAGGUGGGAUAACAGUGAAACUGAGAAACUCAGUCCAUGGGAUGUGGAGCCCAUUCAAGAUGAAGCCCAGGAGCCGGAGUCGGAAGGAAGUGGCAUCCCCGUGACUCCCGAUGAGAUGAAGGAGCUGAUGUACAAGCCCGUUCCAGGGGAGUGGGGCGAGCGGAGCAGGGACGAGGAGUGUGAACGCAUCAUUGCUGGGAUCAAUCAGCUCAUCACUGUUGAGAUCACAGCUCCGUUCUCUGGCCCUGUGGACCUGAUCCAGUAUCCCACCUACUGCACUGUGAUCGCCUAUCCCACAGACCUGGGCACCAUCAAGCUGCGACUCAUGAACAGAUUUUACAGACGCCUCUCAGCAUUAAUUUGGGAUGCCAGGUACAUUGCACACAACGCCCGCACUUUCAACGAGCCGAGGAGUAAAAUUGCCCACUCUGCAAAAAUCAUCACGAAUGUCCUCCAGAAAUUUGUGAAUGAUCCAAGCUGCACGGACAUCAUGGAGAUCUACAGUGCCGUGGAAGACAUGGAUGAUGACGAUGAGGAAGAAGAUACUGAAGCUCCGGGAACUUCCUCUGGACACAGACUGCGCCAGCGCCCUGUUGAGGUGGUUCCAGACAGAGAUGCCUGGAAGGAACAGUGCAAGUCUCUGCUGAACUACAUAUUUGAGUGUGAGGACUCGGAGCCGUUCCGGCAGCCGGUGGAUCCUCAGAACUAUCCAGACUACCACGCUAUCAUUGACACACCGAUGGACUUUGGCACAGUGAAAAGAACCCUGGAAGAAGACCACUAUGAAAAUCCUGUCGAGCUGUGCAAAGACACGCGGUUAAUAUUUGCCAAUGCGAAAGCCUACACACCCAACAAACGCUCUAAGAUUUACAGCAUGACCUUGCGGCUCUCGGCCUUCUUCGAGGAGCAAAUCCGAACAAUCAUAUCCGAGUACAAAACGGCAGUGAAGAGCAGCGACAGGCUCCGCCGCAGCCAGAGGUUUCGCAAGAAAAUGCAGCAGCAGGAUCAGCCGUCUGCCACCACAAGUCACAAGAGAGCAGCAGUCAAAACUCAGGAAAAAGUGGAGUCAGCAUCAGCGACCAAAUCUACCUCAGCCAAAGUGUCUGUUCCUGAGCGAGCGCGGAGGAGUCGAAACAGCAGCUCAGGUCACAGCUCCUCAGAGGACGACUCCGGCUCCAAAGGUGCUUCGUCAACACCAGAGUCUGAUAGUGAGAGUGAGCUCAGCGUGUCGGAAGAAGAGAAGCCUUCAGGUUCCUCGAGGCACCGCAAACACAAACGCAAACACAAAGCAAGAGUCACAAGAAGUCACCGUGCCAAGCAAAGAAAGAAAGUUGCUGAUAGCGACAGUGAAGAUGAAGAGGAAGAGGAUGGAGAGGCCUCCUCACACUCUUCGGAUCGUUGCUAUCCCAGCAGAGGGAAAAGCAGCAGGAGCACGAGACUGACCAGGAACGCCGCCGCCGGAGACAGGAAGCGGACAGAGGGCAGGACCGAGGUGAACGGCCACGGCAGCCGGUCGUCCCGCAGUGAGAGGCGGCGCCACCGGGACUCCGACACGGCCGCGUCGCCCGGCUCUGACGGGGAGGAGGUGGUCACGGUCCGCCGGUCACUCAAGAGGAAGACUGCGAGAGCCGCCGUGAAUAAGAUCAAACUGCUCGACGUGUCCGAUGAAGAUGAGGAGGAGGAGGAGGAGCCGACACGGAGCAGCAGCCGCCUUCGCCACGCAACCCGGGCCAGCAAGCGCACGGCAGUGAUCCAGAGCAGCUCCGAUUCAGACGGAGAGUCGUCGGCGAGAGUUUCUCAGAAUACAAAAGAAUCGGAUGGUGAAUCCAGAGAAGAGGAAGAAGAGGAGGAGGAGGAGCAGCGUGAUAGCAAUGACAGUGAGAGUUCCUCCUCUUCCUCCUCCCAGAAAAAGCAGAACGGAGACGCGAAGUCUGUCAAGCAAAAAACAUCACGAGAAGCUGCCAAAACAAAGAAAAACGUUUCGUUGUCCCACGUGAACGGACACAGCUCGAAACAUCACAAGUCCGAAAGCAACUCUGAGCAAGAGGAAACUGCUGAGGAGGAGGAGGAGAAGGUUCGCGCGUCUCAGAAACCAUCCAGAAGCACAGCCAGGAAAAGUCAGAUUACAAGCGAGGAGGAAGACGAAGCCGAGCGCCGGACCACACGACUAAAACCUCCCAGGAGCUCAGAUGAGGAAGAGAAAGACGGCAGUUCCCAGAAACAUCCCCAUCAAAAUGGAAGAGGCUCGACGGAGGAAAUCUGCAGGGACUCCAAGAAAAAAAGUAAAGUUUCACAUUUAAAAAGCCAAGUCAAACAAAAAUCUGCCUCAGCUGAUAAACCGGGUGGUGCAGAAUCAGACGAACUCAGUGACUCUCCAAAGAGAUACAGCCCACGCAAGAAAAGGCUGAAAAAAGAGGAGAAAAGGGGAAUAGAAAGCAAUCACUCCAGUGAGGAAUCCGAGGCCCAAACAAAGAGGCCGACUAGGAACAGGAGUAAAGGCAAACGGCCUCAUGGCGACGCCUCGGCUUCAGAGAGCUCUGAGCUGGAGUACAAACCCAACAGGAAGUCGAGGAGGAAACGCUCCACCGGCUCGUCAGACGAACAAUCCUACAACUCUGAUCAGGCAUCGAACAGGCGGCUGAACCUGCGAGCCCUCCCCAAAAAGAAGUACAUCAGCGACAACUCAGGCUCCGAGGACGCCGCCGCCGCCGCGCCUGCCAACCGAGGGCGACAGAAGAACGGAAACAGAGAGGCGGCAGAGUCUCAGGACGACAGGUGUAACACAAAGAUGUCUCUCAGAAAUUCUCCCAACACGACCAGGAAUCCGCCGUCUUCCAAGAGAAAACGCAUCUACACGUCCGACUCCGAGGACGCAGAGGACGACCACAAGGACGAAGCAGUGCCCAAAAACAAUAAAAACAGCAGAUCCGGCUUUUCCAAGCACUCCAAAAGGGAAACCGAGCAAGAGGACGCCGACAGCAAUGACAAGGACUCCUCCUCCCACUCCGACUACAGUGAAGAGAAGGAAGAGAGCGCCGGCCGUUUAAGGAGGGGCAAGAAAACCGCCAGGCAGCCAAAAAAGAAACGGAAGGAGAGCUACAGCAGCAGCAAACACAGCUCAGACUCGGAAAGCAAGCAGUCAUCCUCAGCCUCUGAAAACUCAUUCGCCAGCUCAGGGUCCCGCAGCAGUCCAAAGAGGAGAAGUCACACUCGGUCCAGGACCGGCGAGAGGACCGCCGGCCGCCAGCUGAGGCAGCGGCGCCGACGCGCGGCCUCGGACGAGGCGGACAGCGACGAAUCCUACAGCAAGCCGCUCCGAAAGACGCGCGUGAACACGCGCAACCGAGGGAAGCGGACUGUGAACUAUCACGACAGCGAGUGAAGGACGUAGCAGCUUUAGAGGGGCGUUAACUGGAGACCUUAAAAAAAAAAAGAAAAAAGAAAAAAAAGACACUUGAUGGCCAGGUUAUGGUAGUAGCACUGGAGUCCUCGAGAGAAAAUGCUGUGAAUCUGUUUCAUUCAGGGAUAUUUAUAUUUUCUAUGAAAAACAUGUUUAUAGAUGUAAUACAAAUUCAAGCAUUGUGAACUGCUGGUUGUCACAAGGAUACAGAAGCAGAACGCCACCCUCCAUACUUGCUUGUUGUGGUUCGGCCAGCAGAGAAAACCAUUCUGGGGGAAUCUUGUCAGCUUGGGUGCUAUCUAAUAUACCUCUGUUUAAUCAAGCAUAUUGCUGGCUUGCACUAAGAUACACUGUAAUGAGGUAUUUCAUACACUAGUUUUGCAUUAGAAACUCAGGGGUCAAUAAGUUUACUGUAGUCUCAGACAUGCAGUUGUUUUUUGAGCUAAAG